AUGUGGAUCAAUAACAUUGCAUUUUUGCGUAACAAAUUCCAAUAUUUGGCAGCUAUUCUAGCAAACAUGUCUAUCGUCUGUACUGGAUGUGCGAUGGGUUGGACAUCUCCGGUGGAAUCGAAGCUUAGCCAUCCACAGCUUUCGCCCUUGUCUAAAGUGCCGUCUGGUACGGAGUUCUCCUGGAUUGGGUCAAUACUUGCGUUGGGAUCCUUGGCUGGACCUCCGCUCGCAGGCUACAUCGCACAUCGUUUCGGCCGGAAGAUGGCCCUGCUCGGGAGUGGUGUCCAGUUUGCGAUUGCUUUCAUCCUCUUCGUAACGGCGCGCACCGUUGCCCAGAUCCUGGUCGGCCGAUUCGUGCAGGGAUGUGGAAUCGGAUUUGCGCUCGGCAUCACGCCACUGUACGUGUGUGAAAUAGCGACGGCACAAAGACGUGGCGCCCUCGGCUCGCUGCUGCAGGUUUCGAUCACACUCGGGAUGCUAAUGGUGUACAGCAUCGGUCCGUACGUUAGCUAUGCCGCCAUGCAGUACAUUUUGCUCGCCGUACCAGUGCUGUUCUGUCUCGCGUUCAGCCAGAUGCCGGAAACGCCUCACUACUACGUAGCCCACGGACGCUACGCGGACGCAUCCCGGUCGCUCGAGCACCUGCGCGGCGAACCGAUCGAGGAGCUGCAGGACGAGUUCGGUUCGAUCCAACGGUCGGUAGAGGAAUCGAUCCGGAACCGUGCCACCUUCGGGGAACUGUUCCGCGAUCACGCCAACCGGCGGGCCCUGUUCAUCUGCACCGGCGUAAUCGUGUUCCAGCAACUGUCCGGCAUCAAUCCGGUGCAGUUCUUCACGCAAACCAUCUUCGAAAAGACGGGCACGUCGGUCAAACCUGAGGUGGCCAGCAUUAUCAUUGGUGGAGUGCAGGUCGUGGCCAGUAUGAUAACGGUCCUAUCCUUGGACAGGCUUGGUCGUCGCCCAUACCUGCUUAUCUCGUCCGGUGGCAUGUGCUGCGCCUUGGUGGCCCUCGGAACCUACUUCUAUCUGGAUACGCGGAGCGUGUCGCUUGACCGGCUUGCCUUUCUUCCGGUGUUGUCACUGGUCGUGUUCACAUCGGCGUUCUGUCUCGGGUUCGGUCCGAUCGCGUGGCUUCUGAUAGGUGAAAUGUUUGCGCCAAACAUCAAAUCGUUCGCAUCGUCCAUCGUUUCCAGCACCUGCUGGGGCGUUGCCUUCUUCAUACUGUUCUACUUCAGCUCACUGGACGCGGCCAUCGGCACGCACUGGCUGUUCUGGAUGUUCGCCAUCUGUACGGCCGGUGCGUUUCUGUUCACCUACCUGUUUGUGAUCGAGACGAAGGGUAUGUCGCUGCCAGAGAUUCAAGCGCAACUCAACGAAACCGCACCAGUAAUGCUAAACGAUAAGGCCUAA